UUAGAUAUGUAAGGCACUUGAGAGGACCAGAACACCUGUUGUUGAUUUUGGCAAGGAAACCACCCAAGGUCGAUUUUGCACGUGCUCAGACACUUCAUUUUCAGUGUUAUUUAUACGCAAAAACUUGGGUGCUACGUCACUCAUUCUAAGGUCACUAGUGUCACUAGUCUCGCUCACGCGGCGACCGCGUGACUGGCCAGGUCAGAGGAGGAUAAGGGGUGCAGGAUGGAGGGAACAGAGCGCUGCCCCUCCCGCUACAUAUGUACGGUGUGUUGAUCGUCCAUGGUCAAUGAAAGACUAAAAUAUUCUUAUCAUUGCUUAUUAACGCACGCUCGGUCAGGCCUCAAAGGAGAGAGGCUAUAAAUAUGAAGGCUUGCUUGCUAUAGGGCAGGACGCAGUUACAAGGCUUGUGGUAAAGACUUCUCUCUCGUAAAAUAAUAAUAAAAAAUCGCCAAUGUUUUCGGCGCACUAUCGAGUUGUCUAGCAAAGACUACAAUGAAUCCCCAGUUUAGGCUCAGGCUUGGCCAACUAUUGCGUGUUCGGUGGGUAGGAACUUGUCUGGCAUCGCAACAGUCCCAGACUCGUUCAGUAUUUCCAGACAGAAGACAUCCACCAGGUCUCAAGUCACCAAGAAAGUGUUGGUGGGCCAAAGAAAUCACCCCAGAUUUGCACAUUGGCGGACGCCCAACAGAGAAACAAAUAAAGUAUGCAGCAGAUGCUGGAUUCAAAAGCAUUGUCUCACUUUUUGCGUAUCCUGAUGAUGAAGCAACAACAACCUUUGGCGGAGACUACCUUCCCAGAACAUCAGAGGCCAGAUACAUUGCUGAAAAUGUUGCAGGUUUGAAGUAUGCAAACUUGUUGGAGCCCAUGGAUGAGUGGGCUAGUGUUGAUGCUGUCCAGAAAAUGACACAGAUUUUACCAACACUUCCAAAGCCUGUUUACCUACAUUGUGAUCGGGGGUACACCAUCACCUUUGUGACACUGCUUUACCUGGCUAAUCAGACCCGUCACAACCCAGACUUUACCCCAAGAAUUACCAGUGCAGACUUUUAUAAUAUUUCAGCUGCAAUGGGAUUAGACUUUAUCUCAGAGAGUCUGCAAAAGGUGGUUUCAAAAAUCACUGGAGAACCUGUACCAGAAAAGCCAACAAGACCAGAUGUUGAACCUGAAGAUUGGAUGGAUUAUUGGAUGGCUCAUCCAGUCUACAAAAACUGGUUCACUGCAGGUCAGAUCACAAAGUCGCAUAUCAGUGUUUUAGAGAAGGUGGGGUUCACAUCUGUCAUCAACAUGCGGCCAGGGAUCAUGCUGGAUGGAAAGCCAAGCCAAGAGGAGGUGAACUUGCUCAACAUACAACUAAAUACUGGCACAUACGCCCAUGAUGGGAAAGAGCCAAGGCAGUUCAAAGGUCGCUUGGAGGAGACGAGGAUUGACCCAAAGAGGCCAACCUACUUCAUCAGCCCUACAUCAGAAGUCAAUUAUGAGAGUCGAAAUUAUGAUGAAUUUGGUGAUGACAUAGGUUAUCGGGAACUGACUGAGAGACAGGCGUUUGAGUCAUCCAGAUUGCAGUACUAUCAUCUUCCUCUCAAUUUGAACACCCCAUAUGGACCAUAUGUAGACAAAGCAAUGAGCCAGUUUUUGAAAAUUGGAGGCAAGGGACACGUGCUAGUCCAUUGUGCUAUGGGUAUGAGAGCAGCGUAUAUAGCUGUGCUAGUGGCUGCAGUUCAGUAUGACAAAGACUUGGACUGGGCAUUACGCAGAAGCCAGGAGCUGGGUUAUGGGGUGUCUGAAGAUCAGAAGCCUGAGAUCUAUGACACCUAUUACAAAUGGCUGGUUACAAAGAGGGAGAAGAAAGAACUUGUGUUAUUAGCUUGACUUCAUAUAUUUUCAUUAUUUUUCAGUUAAUUCAGCUGUAUAUUGGAUGCUGCUUUUGUUGAUCAUUUUAUACAACUCAUAGGACUGUUUUACUGCAUUGCUUUUAUUUUAUCUUUGAGAGCCAAAAUAUGCACUGUUGUUCCAUUAAAAGAACUCUGCAGCUCAAUAAGAAAGUUUUUUUUAAAAAAAAAGUCCUGGCUACACUUUUAAAAAAAAAAAUUUUGUAAUUCAGAUUUAUUUUGAUAUAAUUUUUUUCACAUCAAGCAAUCAUUAUAUACAUUUCUGAUGGUUGUAAUAAUGUUAAUAAAUUUUAGAGAUUUGCAAUAGAUAAGUAUAUAUAUGAUGGUGUAUGUAACAUCGCAGUGGCGCAGGAACCAGGUAAAGGGGAGGCAACCGCCCCUCCCCACCCCUCAAAAAAUACCACGACCUUGUAUUACACGUCCAUGAAAAAUACUGAAUAGACAAGAAUGUGAACUUUGUUCACUGUCAGCAUGGAGUUGUUUUUCCCCUCUUCACGCCUUCCAAAGCCGAGCAUCUGCCGACUAUAGGCGUGUACAAGUUGGUGUUGCCUAGUUCCCACACCACUGCAACCGCAGCUAAUAUAUGUUUGUAACGGAUAUGAAAGUUUCUGGGAUGAAGGGAUUAUUUACUUCAAGAUAACCUUUAACUCCCUUCUUCACUUGAAGCAGUUUGUCAUCACGAUGAAAGGGAUUUGCUUACAUUAGCUGACGACAAGAGAAUGAGCUGGUUUUUCCCCGCUGCCGACGCCAUCAUCUAAACUUUCACAAGCAGACGACACAUGACAUGCUUUAAAUAACGAGAAAAGCAUUUGCAGUCUUGAUUAUAGUUUUUCAAAUGAAUUGUGCAUGCUGGAAGCAGCUUCUGGCUACACAUAUUACAACUCAUAUGACAUAUAUUCUGUGUUAUGUUGCGUGCUUCCGUGUAUGUUUCUGUCUUAUAUUUUUCUGUAAAGCGCCAUGAGCCAGCCCAUAGGACCGGGACAUGACGCUUUAUAAGUUGAAUUCACUGUAUUAUUAUUAUUAAAUACACUUUCUUUAUUA